GGAAGGAAGUCUUCCUGCCUGCCCGGACCAAGGCACUCUUUUCCCCGCAUCGACAAACAUUCCUCCGUCCUUUGCGUGGACGUUGUUGUCUUUUUUUUUUUCUGCGUGGAAAUGUUUUUGCGUGGGAGAUCCCCUGCGCUAUGACCUCCCCUCCACCGGGAUUGACUUUCGAUCGAGUGUUGUUGUUUUUUUACCCUCUCCUUCCUGGUGCCAAACCUCAAAAAUCCCACGCUGAGGAUCGUGGAUUUUUUUUUUUUUGGGUCCCUUUUGAUGCUUUGACGUGAUCCCAGCCCGCAGAGACCAGCAGAGACCACCAGUGGGUCGGCCUCACAAUGGGCUCGUCCAAGAGUAAGCCCAAGGAGGCGGGUCUGCGCACCGUCAGCCUCGACGGCCCGGUCUCCGGGGGAGGCAGCCAGUACGUCAGCUCCGCCCACCCGGCCUUGACUCCCAAUCGCAGCAACACCGUGGAGGGCGGUCUGGGCGGCAACCAGUACUCCAGCAACAACGCCGAGGUACCCCUGUUUGGAGGCGUGGACAACAGCAGCCUCAGCAACUCCUCCAGCAGGAUGACCUUCUCUGGAGGUGUGAUGACCUUCGUGGCGUUGUAUGACUACGAGUCGCGGACCGCCUCCGAUCUGUCCUUCAGAAAGGGAGAACGCCUCCAGAUCGUCAACAACAUGAGGAAGGUGAACAGCAGAGAGGGCGACUGGUGGCUGGCGCGCUCCUUGACCACCGGAGAGAGCGGAUAUAUUCCCAGCAACUACGUGGCUCCGUCUGAUUCCAUCCAAGCUGAAGAUCAUCUCAGACUGACUGCAGAUUCCAGGUGGUUCUUUGGCAAGAUCACGCGUCGCGACUCCGAGAGGCUGCUGCUGAAUUUGGAGAACAGAAGAGGAACGUUCCUGGUGAGGGAGAGCGAGACCACCAAAGGUGCCUACUGUCUCUCCGUGCUGGACUACGACAACACCAAGGGACUCAACGUGAAACACUACAAGAUCCGCAAGUUGGACAGCGGCGGCUUCUACAUCACGUCGCGCACGCAGUUCAGCACCCUGCAGCAGCUCGUCAGUCACUACCGCAAGCACGCGGACGGACUGUGCCACAGUCUUUCAGACAUCUGCCCGGUGCUGAAGCCUCAGACUCAGGGCCUGGCCAAAGAUGCCUGGGAGAUUCCCAGAGAGUCUCUCCGUCUGGACCUCAAACUUGGACAAGGCUGCUUCGGGGAGGUUUGGAUGGGAACGUGGAACGGUACGACUCGAGUGGCCAUCAAGACCCUGAAACCCGGCACCAUGUCUCCGGAGGCCUUCUUGCAGGAGGCCCAGGUCAUGAAGAAGCUGAGGCACGAGAAGCUGGUGCAGCUUUACGCCGUGGUGUCCGAGGAGCCCAUCUACAUCGUCACAGAGUACAUGGGAAAAGGCAGCUUGCUGGACCUCCUGAAAGGUGACAUGGGUAAGAUGCUCCGCCUCCCUCAGCUGGUGGACAUGGCGUCACAGAUUGCCGCGGGCAUGGAGUACGUGGAGAGGAUGAACUACGUGCACAGAGACCUGAGGGCUGCCAACAUCUUGGUAGGAGAGAACCUGGAGUGCAAGGUGGCCGAUUUUGGCCUGGCUCGCCUCAUCGAGGACAACGAGUACACGGCCCGACAAGGAGCCAAGUUCCCCAUCAAGUGGACGGCGCCUGAGGCCGCUCACUUCGGCCGCUUCACCAUCAAAUCUGACGUGUGGUCAUUCGGGAUCCUGCUGACGGAGCUGGCCACCAAAGGAAGAGUUCCUUAUCCAGGCAUGGUGAACCGCGAGGUCCUGGACCAGGUGGAGCGCGGCUACAGGAUGCCGUGCCCGGCCGAGUGUCCGCCGUCUCUGCACGAGCUGAUGCAGACCUGCUGGAAGAGGGACGCCGAGGAGCGGCCCACCUUCGAGUACCUGCACUGCUUCCUGGAGGACUACUUCACCUCCACCGAGCCCCAGUACCAGCCGGGGGAGAACCUGUAACCUUCCAGUACAAUCAAGUCGUCUUUUUCCCAAAGCCAACGGAGAGCGCAAGGUGGAGUUUGGCGCCCUCUCGUGGACACUUGUGAGACAACUGCCGAAAAGCGACGCCUCAACUGUGGGAACCUGGCUUGUCUUCCAUUUCGUUUCUUCCGGAACCCUCCAGCGGAACGUCCACUCAUCGCCCGACCACAAUCUACCGGGUGUGUUCACUUUACUCAUUUCUUUGUGCUUACGUUCUGAUACAUCUCUUUGGUACGUCUUCAGGAAAUAGUGACAAAACCGACUUUUCCCAAACGGUAGAGAGCAGAAUUUAACCGCAGGAUUUUUUUUGUGCCAAUGAAAUUCUCUCCCUGCCCUUGCCACUGUGCGAAAGGUACUCGUAAACCCUGCCCAUUUGAAGCAUUUAAAUCUAAACGACGCUAAUCGUCAUCAACGUCUCCUAAAUUGUGUAUUUUUAGACCAGCUUUUUACAUUUUGUGUGCAUUUUUUCAGCACAGCAAUACACUGGAAUGAAUGAGCCUCUCGUCAGCCUGCAGGGGGCGCUGCAGGAAGCCCUCCAAAAACAUGCAUCCACAUCUUGAAAGAAAUGCAAUUGUAAAUAUACUCAAUGUUUAUAUUUUGUACAUAUGUUAUCUUUAUAAUUUAUUUCUUGAAAAAAAAAAAUAACCCUCUGCUUUUGUUUUUUGCUUUUAGCAUCGCGUAAAUACAAAAAUAAGGUACUCGCCACGCUGGAAAAGAAAAAAAACAUUGUUUAAUUACGAGGUGGAAACUCCUAAUGUUCCGAGAAUAAAGACGAAAAUUUUUAUCCUGAUACGACAGAAAGAAAUUGCUGGAAAAUUCGGUAAAUAUUAAAGCAGUUUUAUUGUCACAAGAAAAAGGUCUUAAUGUUACGUGAAUAAAGUUACAAAGUAGAUAAUACAAUAUUUUGGAAAAAAGAGUCGUAGUUUUACGAGAAAAAGUCAGUUUUACGAGAACUAACUGUUAUCAUAUGACAUUUUUUUCCCCAUAAAAAUGUAUUUCCUCGUAAUAAUUGAUUAUUGACACUAAACACUUUUUUGUCACGAGAAAAAGGUCCUAAUGUUACAUGAAUAAAGUUACGAAAAUAAAAUAUGUAGUAUAAUAUUUUGGGAAAAAGAGUCGUAGUUUCACGACAAAAAAGUCUGUUUUACGAGAACUAACUGUUAUCCUAUGACAUUUUUUUCCCCUUAAAAAUGUAUUUCUUCGUAAUAAUUGAUCAUUAACCCUAAACAGUUUGUUGUCACAAGAAAGUAAAGUUACGAAAAUAAAAGUGUAUAGUAUAUUUUGGAAAAAAGAGUCGUAGUUUCACGAGAAAAAGUCAGUUUUACGAAAACUAACUGUUAUCAUAUGACAUUUUUUUCCCCGUAAAAAUUUCUUUCUUCGUAAUAAUUGAUCAUUGACACUAAACAGUUUUUUGUCACGAGAAAAAGGUCCUAAUGUUACAUAAGUAAAGUUACGAAAAUAAAAGUAUAUAGUAUAUUUCGGAAAAAAAGUCGUAGUUUCCCGAGAAAAAGUCAGUUUUACGAGAAUUAACUGUUGUCAUAUUAUGACCUUUUUUUCCCCCGUAAAAAUGUCUUUCUUCGUAAUAAUUGAUCAUUGACACUAAACAGUUUUUUGUCACGAGAAAAAGGUCUUAAUGUUACAAGAAUAAAGUUACAAAGUAUAUAAUACAAUAAUUUGGAAAAAAGAGUCGUAGUUUCACGACAAAAAAGUAUGUUUUACAAGAACAAUAUAGUGUCAUAUUAUGACCUUUUUUUUCUUAAAAAAAUCUUGUAACAUUGUGAUGUCUUCCCUCGUAUGUAUUGCUGCGAAAAUAUCGUCACAAUGUCACAACUUUUUUUCUUUUAACGUGCAAGUUUAUUUUAGAAACAUUGCAACAAUUUUCGGAGUUUAUUUUCGUAACAUUGCGACAUUAUUUACAUAACAAUGAAGCAUGUAUAUCUCAAGAGAUUUAUUUUCUUUUUUUGCUGCAUUUUUGUUCUCGUAAAAAUUGGGACAAUGUUCUCGCAACAAUAUUAUAUAUUUUUUGUAACAUUUGCAAAACGAUAUAAAUGUUAAAAAAAAAAUUAUGUCGCGAGAAAUAGAUCUUAAGGUUGCACAAAUAAAGUUACGACAAUCAAGUAACCCUACAAAAAGCUGUUACUUCAGUAACACUCCAUGUUUUUCUCGUAACAAUAGAACUGACUUCUCGUAAUAUAGCGACUUUUUUAACGUUGUUCUCGUAACAACUUAUUUUUUUGUAACAUCAAGACUUUGUUCUUGUGAUUCUGCAAGUUUAUUUGUGUAACUUUGUGGCGUUGUUCUCUUAGCCGACGUAUUUUUCAUAACAGUUUUUCCUAUGGCGAUGGAACACAAUUGCGUUAUUGCGAGAAUGUCGUCACAAUGUUACAACUUUUUUUCUUUUGACGUCGGAAGUUUAUUUUCAUAACAUUGCGACAUUAUUUACAUAACAAUGAAGCAUAUAUCUCAUGAGAAGUUUUUUUUUUUGUUGCAAAUUUGUUUUCAUAAAAUUGGGACAAUGUUCUCGUAACAAUAUAAUAUAUUUCUCGUAAAAUGAUAUAAAUGUUAAAAAAAAAAUUCUGUCACAAGAAAUAGAUCUUAAGGUUACACAAAUUUACAAUAUUCAAGUAACCCUACAAAAAGUAACUUCAGUAACAGUCCAUGUUUUUCUCGUAACAAUAGACCUGACUUGUCGUAACAUUGCGACUUUUUUAUCGUAUUUUCUGUAACAUCAAGACUUUGUUCUUGUGACCCUGCAAGUUUAUUUUUGUAACUUUGUGGCGUUGUUCUCUGAGCCGACAUAUUUUUCAUAACAUUCAGAAUUUUUCCUAUGUCGUUGGAAUACAAUUGCGUUAUCGCGAAAAUAUCGUCACAAUGUUACAACUUUUUUAUUUUAACGUCAAAGUUUAUUUUCGCAACAUUGCGACAUUAUUUACAUAACAAUGAAGCAUGUAUCUCAUGAGAUUUAUUUUCUUUUUUUGGUUACUAAUUUGGUUUCGUAAAAUUGGGACAAUGUUCUCGCAACAAUAUAAUAUAUUUUUCGUAACAUUUGCAAAAUGAUAUAAAUGUUAAAAACGUUUUAUUGUCACGAGAAACCGAUCUUAAGGUUACACAAACUUACAAUAAUCAAGUAACCCUACAAAAUGCUGUUACUUCAGUAACAGUCCAUGUUUUUCUCGUAACAAUAGAACUGACUUCUCGUAACAUUGCGACUUUUUUAUCGUAUUUUCUGUAACAUCAAGACUUUGUUCUUGUGAUCCUGCAAGUUUAUUUUUGUAACUUUGUGGCGUUGUUCUCUGAGCCGACGUAUUUUUCAUAACAUUCAGACUUUUUCCUAUGUCGAUGGAACACAAUUGCGUUAUCGCGAGAAUAUCGUCACAAUGUUACAACUUUUUUUCUUUUGACUUCGGAAGUUUCUUUUCGUAACAUUGCGACAUUAUUUACAUAACAAAUACAUCUCAUGAGAUUUGUUUUCAAGUUUUGGUUACUAAUUUGUUUUCGUAAAAUUGGGGCAAUGUUCUCGCAAAAAUAUAAUAUAUUUUUCGUAAAUUUUUGUUAAAAUGAAAUUGUGAUUUUUUUUUUUCUCUUAAGAAUAUAACAUCCAAAAGUAAAACAUUACAACUUUUUCCUAAGUCGAUGGAACACAAUUGCGUUAUCGCGAGAAUAUCGUCACAAUGUUACAGCUUUUUUUCUUUUGACGUCGGAAGUUUAUUUUCGUAACAUUGCGACAUUAUUUACAUAACAAAUACAUCUCAUGAGAUUUGUUUUCAAGUUUUGGUUACUAAUUUGUUUUCGUAAAAUUUGGCCAAUGUUCUCGCAAAAAUAUAAUAUAUUUUUCGUAAAUUUUUGUUAAAAUGAAAUUGUGUUUUUUUUUUUCUCUUAAGAAUAUAACAUCCAAAAAUAAAACAUUACAACUUUUUCCUAAGUCGAUGGAACACAAUUGCGUUAUCGCGAGAAUAUCGUCACAAUUUUACAACUUUUUUUCUUUUGACUUCGGAAGUUUCUUUUCGUAACAUUGCGACAUUAUUUACAUAACAAAUACAUCUCAUGAGAUUUGUUUUCAAGUUUUGUUACUAAUUUGUUUUCGUAAAAUUGGGGCAAUGUUCUCGCAAAAAUAUAAUAUAUUUUUCGUAAAUUUUUGUUAAAAUGAAAUUGUGAUUUAUUUUUCUCUUAAGAAUAUAACAUCCAAAAAUAAAACAUUACAACUUUUUCCUAAGUCGAUGGAACACAAUUGCGUUAUCGCGAGAAUAUCGUCACAAUGUUACAGCUUUUUUUCUUUUGACGUCGGAAGUUUCUUUUCGUAACAUUGCGACAUUAUUUACAUAAAUACAUCUCAUGAGAUUUGUUUUCAAGUUUUUGUUACUAAUUUGUUUUCGUAAAAUUGGGGCAAUGUUCUCGCAAAAAUAUAAUAUAUUUUUUGUAAAUUUUUGUUAAAAUGAAAUUGUGAUUUUUUUUUUCUCUUACGAUUAUAACGUCCAAAAAUAAAACCUUACAACUUUUUCCUAUGUCGAUGGAACACAAUUGCGUUAUCCCGAGAAUAUUGUCACAAUUUUACAACUUUUUUUCUUUUGACUUCGGAAGUUUCUUUUUGUGACAUUAUUUACAUAACAAAUACAUCUCAUGAGAUUUGUUUUCAAGUUUUGUUACUAAUUUGUUUUCGUAAAAUUGGGGCAAUGUUCUCGCAAAAAUAUAAUAUAUUUUUCGUAAUUUUUUGUUAAAAUUAAAUUGUGAUUUUUUUUUUUCUCUUAAGAAUAUAACAUCCAAAAAUAAAACAUUACAACUUUUUCCUAAGUCGAUGGAACACAAUUGCGUUAUCGCGAGAAUAUCGUCACAAUGUUACAGCUUUUUUUCUUUUGACGUCGGAAGUUUAUUUUCGUAACAUUGCGACAUUAUUUACAUAACAAUGAAGCAUCUCAUGAGAUUUAUUUUCAAGUUUUUGUUACUAAUUUGUUUUCGUAAAAUUGGGGCAAUGUUCUCGCAAAAAUAUAAUAUAUUUUUCGUAAAUUUUUGUUAAAAUUAAAUUGUGAUUUCUUUUUUUGUCUUAAAAAUAAAACAUUACAACUUUAUUCUCGUAAAUUUACAGUUUUCUUUCCUUUACACUGUGGCGCUAACACUGCUUCUACGUUAACCCUAACGGUACUUUUCUGACUUUAACGCUACAUUUACUAUGGAAUUACGUUACGUGUAUGAUUAUUUUGGUGCAUGUCAUUCUGUGAAGCUUUUUUUGGUGGCGAUUUGUUUUGGAGGGAAACCUAGCAGGCGUUCGUGUUUACAUGACGGCGAUGUCGAACCAUGAGCAUGUCAGUCAUGGGUUGCCAUAGCAACAGAACGUUAUUGUUAAAGAUGGCGUGAGGACCAUGGACUCGUAGCAUCUUCUCAUUAUUGGGAAGUGGUCCUCCUUUUUAUGAUGUUUGAGCUGAACUGAAUGAAAAGAACCAUGCACAAAAAGGGCCAUAAUGCAAAGAAUAAUGCAAAGAAUAAUGCAAGCCUUGCCAACUUUUCCUGUCUUCUCUCCUACUAUGCAGAAAUAUAUUUUUGGGGUUUUUUCCUUCAAACUGGUUAUAUCACAGCGGUACUUUUCUACUGUAUCCAGUGGGAAUGUUGACAUUAUAACUUUUUUCUUUUUUUUGAUAAAUCUUGUGGAAAAAUUGUUCAAAUCUGAAAAAAAGUUUGAAUAAAAACUUGUAAACAACUAAAGUUGUUGGCUGACUGGAUGAGUUGUGCUCAAGGGCGAUU